AUCUGUCAAAAUAUAAUUCCUUCCCGUGAAUAUCUUGUCUUGGGUGCUUUUGAUUAGAAAAUAUUAUACAACGCAGGUAUUAUUAUAGCAACUUCUAGCAAAUUCGUAGUAAAACAAUAGUAAACUAUUAUAUCACGUACUUUUAAGUUACGUAAUCAUUAAGGUUAUUUAGAAAAAAAUUUAAUUGUAGACAUGGGAGGUCACGAAUGCGAUCCAUAUAAAAUACCAGACUACAAGCAGUUUACAAUACAAGGAAUUCCGCAGCUAGAGGAGCUUGAGAAGGCGCUGGCAAAGAAGGGACUCAAAGACCCGUGGAUCAGGAAUGAAGCUUGGAGGUAUCAUCCAGGUUUCGGAACACCUUUGCUCAGGGCGAGGAAGUUAUUUUUCCGUGGUUUCCCACUGGGCCUGGCCCUCACUGUGGUGACGGUGGCUAUCACCAAGCUAGCGGGCGGUGAUGAUGGCCAUGGUGACGGCCACCAUUGAUGCUCACCUCUAGCUAUUUACUUGUCCAAUUCACUAAUUUGUCAAGAAGCUUUGUAUGUGCAUUGUGAACACCUACAAUGUCUAAUAUAGAUUAUUUAAAGAACUUGCAGUUAUUUCUUAGAUGUGAUAUAGAUUGAAAUUAAA